AUGAACAAAUUGGUUGGUUUUACGCGAAACUUUUCUAGUUCUUCGUCUUUAAAUGCAAUUAAAACGAUAUCAGUCGUCGGAGGUGGCCUUAUGGGAUCUGGGAUCGCUCAGGUUGCAGCCCAAGCCGGUCAGAAUGUGACAAUCAUAGAUGUGAAACCAGAACUUCUGGGAAAAGCCCAGAAGUCCAUACACUCCAACCUGACGCGGGUUGGCAAGAAGAUGUACAAGGACGAUGCUGCCAAGAUUGACAGCUUUGUUAAAGAGUCCUACGACAGAAUCAAAGUGUCAACCAAUUUGGAAGACGGAGCUGAUGUGGACUUGGUCGUGGAGGCUAUUGUUGAGAAGCUGGAUGUAAAACAACAGUUGUUCAAUAAACUCGACCAGCUGUGUCCAGCACACACUAUACUGGCAUCCAACACCUCGUCUAUCUCAAUUAAUGAGAUCGGCGCUGGAAUCAAACGGAAAGACAGAUUUGGUGGUCUCCACUUCUUCAAUCCGGUGCCAGUAAUGCGUUUACUAGAAGUGGUAAAAGGUGACCAUAUCUCUGAAGAGACUUAUAAGGCCAUGAUGGAGUGGGGCAAGUCCGUUGGCAAGACCUGCAUCACUUGUAAGGACACCCCUGGAUUUGUGGUGAACAGGCUUCUUGGGCCUUAUAGCGCUGAGGCCAUCAGGAUGUAUGAAAGAGGUGAUGCCUCAAAAGAAGAUAUCGAUAUAGGAAUGAAACUGGGUGCUGGCUACCCGAUGGGGCCCUUCGAACUAGCCGACUAUACUGGUCUAGACACCAACAAGUUCGCUUUACAAGUCAUGUAUGAAAAGACUAAGAACCCUGUUUUCGCGCCAAUUCCUCUUAUUGACAAAAUGGUGGCCGAAGGAAAACUCGGUGAUGCAUCCGCUCAAGACAUUGACAUCGCCAUGAAACUUGGAGCUGGGUAUCCUAUGGGGCCAUUAGAGUUAGCAGACUUUACAGGCCUUGACACAAAAAAGUUUAUAUUAAAUAUUAUGUUGGAAAAGACGGGGAACACUGUUUUUAAGCCUAUACCACUACUGGAUAAGUUGGUCGGCGAGGGAAAGUUAGGGAGGAAAACUGGAGAAGGAUUUUUUAAAUAUUAA